AUGGCUAUUCCCAACGAGAAGCUGCAGCAGUUACUGCAGGAAAUCGAGCAAAAAGCAGCCUUUGCGCAGCAGCAGCUUGGAAUCGUGCGGACACAGAUUGCGGCCAAAACUCGAGAAAAUCGCAUGUUGCAGUUAUCCUCGACCGAACUCGAUACCUUGCCCAAGGACACUCCUGUAUAUGACGGAGUCGGCAAAAUGUUUGUUCUGACUUCUACUGAAGACGUCAAGGCUCGUCAGGCCAAGGAGGCAGUGGAAGUGAAAGCGGAGAUUGCCAACCUGGAGAAGAAGCUGCACUACCUUGACACAACCUACAAGAACAGCCAGCAGCAUAUCGAAGCCCUUUUCAAGAAUGGAGGCUGA